UAUGAGCAAGUACUACAUGGACGAAUCAGAAAAAAAUAAUACAAUAUUGCAGUCUCGUUCGUAUUCCGUCAUCAAAUGUAAACAUUAGCGAAAAUAGGAAUUACAGCUAACAGAGGAAUAAAAUGGUCAAUCUUGUUGCUCCGUUAUCAAUGUCACAGAUGGCAUUCAGACGGCUGUGGGCCUACGAAGACGAGCCACGACUGAACCGGCAAGCACGUCAGCGAAUGAUGGAUCGCAGAGACUAUUUGUCCGGACUCAAGUGGGUUUGGGCUUGCAAUGGAGAAGUCCCGCCUGAUGCAGUGACUGUCGGAGAUUCUGCCGAGGACCAGAAAUGUUACAUUGGACGGGCGCAUCAUCAAGGGUCGGUUACGCCUGGACAGAUUAUCCCUCACCGAAAAGCUUGCUGCAUUCCUUGGGGGGGAGACCAACAUGAACAGAACAUCUACGAAGUGCUCUGUACUACAGGCAGGUUUGUACCCAUUUCGGAGAAAAGCACAGAAGCUCUUCUCCGCGCAAGUUCGGCCGGUGUGUCCGAGGAUGGAGAACCACUGUUCAUUGGACGGGUCCUGCAUGAGGGAAAGUUUAUAUGCGGAAAGGUUCAACGAUCUCACGGAGUUUGCUACGUUUCACACGAGGGUGGAGAAGUUGGAUUUAGCGAAUAUCAGGUGUUUGUGGUUGAUUCACCAGAGCUGCUAGAUUGUCACUACUGGGUUAGUGCCGAUGAUAACCAGAUUCCAAAAAAUGCUUUCAUUACCGAAUCAAAUGAAAGCGGGAACAUUUAUGUCGGUCGAGCAGGACAUCGGGCAUCUUGCACACCUGGGGCUAUGAAUCCAGCGACCCAAAAAUGUCACAUUGCUUGGGGAUCCGAUGAACAUAGAAAGAGCAAAUUUGAAUACUUGUGCAACUGCAAAGGAAAGUUCGUGAAAACACAGGAAAACUACAUUCCAGUUGGAGCCAUCCGUGGAGGAUACUCGGAGUUUGGAGAACCACUGUUCAUAGGACGUGUGCAAAUCGGCAAUCAGUUUAUCGUCGGAAAGGUGCAGCCGUCGCACAAGGUGUGCUAUGUUCCGUAUCGUGGUAAGGAGGUAGCCUACAAGGAAUUUGAGAUAUUGGUCCUAGAGUAGUAUUACAUUAUUUAAAGAGAUAGGAAAAAUUUCAUGUGAUACUUAUAGUCACUGCAUGUUAAAAUAAAAAAUAUAUUAGCAACGACAUACAACACUAUUGAAUUAAAUGUCUGAUUUUAAACCAUUACUCCAACGAAUUUC